AUGGCGACGGUCAGGCGGAAAGCAUGCGAAAGGUGCUGGCGGAGAAAACAGAAAUGUGACAGGCUGCUCCCGACAUGCACAAAUUGUGCAGAGGCCAAUGCCGCCUGUGCUUCACGCAAUCUGACAUACACACCUGCGCCCGAUCAGGUCGGCCUUGCCAUUGAACGUGGUGAAAGCUACAUCAGUUCACUCAAGCGCAAGGUCGACCAUUUGCAGACUCUACAAGCCAACAAGGAAGCACGUCUGGACGGCCACACUCUUCACCAUGAACCAAACACAGAACGGCCAACGUCAGACGACGACAACAAUGAGACUGCGGCUACAAGCCAAGCCGAUCCUAUGGAAACACAGCACUCACGCGAGACUUUGAACGAAAUUGGAAGUCUUGUCUUGACGGCCAUGGCCGAGCCCGGAGACCAUGACAUUAUCUCCGCCUUGUCGACCACGGCCUUCCUGCGAGCUGAGACUGGAGGACCUGUGAGGGGCACCGGAGACUCCGUCACAGAAUUUUUGAAUCAGGCGCAAUCUGAAAUCCUCUUCCCCCACGAUGCCACGGCACAAUUUCUGGCGAAAUUCCGCGCCGACUUCGACGCACGUUAUGGCAUUGACUACGAAGAAUUGACAGAAGAUCACAAGUUGGUCGUGCUGCGCCACAAUGACCGUGAAGCAGUCGAGGGUGAGAUGGCUUUUUCAUUCGCGUUUGUCUACCUCGCUGUUGCCAUUGGUAUACUAGUGACACCGGAAGCUCGUCACUGUCAAGGUCUCGCGACAAAGCUGCACCACGUUGCCAUAAAAUUGAUCACCAAAGACGAUCUAGACCAGUCUCCUCUGACAGGACUACGCUGCCUACUUGCGCUAACGAUAUAUGCACUCUACAGCAACAAUGGAGGAUGUCCAUGGCGAUUGGUGAAUAUGGCAGCGCAACAAGCGGUACUCUUGGGCGUACACCGCGGACCAACUGCGGAAGGGGUUCCUGGUGUCACCGCUGCAAGCCGAAAACUGUUCAUCUCUUUGUAUCUGCUGGAGAGAAGUGUGACAUCUUCCAUGCACCGUCCAUUUGCGUUGCAAGAUGAAGACAUAUCGUCUGCGUUCUGGCAUGCCAACAACCACCAAGCCAGACGUUCUCGAGCCGACAAAAUACAUCUUGUUGACCAAGCUCAACUCAUAUCAUCGAUGCAAGGAGAUCUGUUGUUCCAGUUCAGCAGUUUCAGACACUGGGAGGAAACAUUACCGCUGAACUUUGGGCAUGUCGAGUCGUACAGCGACGAAUCAGUCGAUGCAAAUGGACAUCUGCUCCAACUAUCCUGUCGUACUUUGGUCCAGAUAUCCUUGUCAGACGUACGUGGUGUGCGCUAUUGCAGACUGCACAUGUUUGAGAAUGAGGAGAGUCUUGAAGAACAGACAUUGUCGCGUGCUCGGACAUUCGUUUCCUUGUUGCAAAAACGUCUUGAUGAGGGAACUCUGAUACCAUGUAGAUUGGACCUUUACGACAUACUCAGCGCCUGUGUCGUGUGUUGUCUAACGGUCGAAGAAUCAACAUGUGCCGGUCGCUCAACUUUGGUGGAACUUUUGCACUUGUCGUUUGGUCUCUUCAACGCUGUUGCCGAAGCCUUCGAUGAAGCUAAACUGUUCCGAAAAGCAUUGGAAAUGAUCGUCAGCCUCAAAUUUGCCGACUCAAAUGCCAUCGGAAUCGGGCGUGCCGAAGACGGUCUCGUGCUUGCUAUGAUCGACACCCCAGGGAAAGUGCCCCGCUUCGUUCGGAACGCUCUCCACGAUAUUCGAGCGUCGGAUAUCCGACGGAACUCGACCGAGCCUCCACUUCUGACUGCAAUGACAAUGCACCCAUAUACUACACAGACAAUAUAA